AUGCGCUGCUUUGCAGUGGUGGGAUGGGGCUUGGAUGCUGUUGGUGUUGGUGUUGUAGCGGUGGUGGUGGUGGGCAAGGUCGCUGGUGGUUGGUAUGGGUAUGCUCCCAUGGGUUUACCUGUUAUGGCAAAGUCUUCUCGCCCAGACAAGCUAUCCAGUGCAAUCGAAGUAGUCCUCAGUGCCCAGGCGCUAUCCCUCACGCCCAGGCGCCAUGAUGCUGACAGAAAGUCAGCGCCUAGGAGCCCAAAUCGCAGCGCCCAGGCGCCGCAGUGGGAGAAAAAUUGUGUUCGUUGUAUGCUCUGUGCCCAAGGUGAUGAUCUUGAACCGUUUGAUUCGGAGAUAGAACGUACCUUCAGACGAAGACGCAAGGAACACAAACAAAAACAGCAACAUCAAAUGGCUGAUAAUCAACAAAUCCAUAUCCCUAUUCAGCCGAUUGGGCAAAUGGCCGCAAGAGUGGCGGCACCACCGGAACAGCAGCAUGAGCGAGGGGAAAUAAAUGAAGGUGAUUUGCCAGUAUCAAUGUUCCUAACACCUAUAGCAGCACCCAUGCGCUCCAGUAUUGCGUAUCCAGAUUUUGGGGUGAAUAACUUUCAGAUCAGGCCGGAUUGGAUUAACUUGAUGAGCAACACUCUACAAUUCUACUGGCUACCUCAUGAGAAUUCGAACACACAUAUCUGUAGAUUUCUCAGAAAUUGUCAGAAUUUCCAUGCUCCGGGGGUCAAUGAAGAUGCUAUUAAAUUACGACUAUUUCCAUUUACAUUGAGAGAUGCUGCAUUGGAGUGGUUAGAUGCGGAGCCUCAUGCCAGCAUUACUACAUGGGAAAAACUGAUCAGGAAAUUCUGUAACAAAUUCUUCCCACCAGCCAGAGUAGCUAAAAUCAAAUUGGAAAUUCAAACUUUUCAACAGAAAGAGGGAGAAAGCUAUCACGAGGCAUGGAAUAGAUUUAAUGAGCUAAUGAGAAAUUGUCCAAACCAUGGAAUCACUCAAGGAAACCAAGUGCAGUACUUCUACACCGGACUUACACCAUUGUCAAAAUCUCAAGUUGAUGCCUCUGCUGGAAGAUCAAUCAUAGGGAAAUCAGUGCAACAAACCAUGGACCUAUUUGAGUUAAUUGCCACCACACAUUCAAUGUUCUCAUCAGAAAGAGUGGUACCACCAAAGGCAGCAGGAAUGUGUGAAUUAGACAGCACAACAUCUACCAAUGCACGGAUAGCAGCUUUAACAAAACAGGUAGAGCUACUUGUCAAAUUGCAAACACAUGGAGCAAAUGCAAUGAUGGCCAGUUCAGUAUGUGAGAAUUGUGGGAGAAAUCACGCUACAGAGAGCUGCAUGAUGCUCACUUCUUCAGAGGAACAAGCACCCAUCAAAAAACUGGAGACACAAAUUGGUCAUAUAGCACAAAAAAUUGCAGAACGUCCACAAGGGACAUUGCCAGGCAAUACAAUGAUAAAUCCUAAGGAACAGUUGAUGGCAAUUGAAGUAGUGGAGAAUGAUCCACUCAGGGCCCCCGUAAAAGUUAAAGCAUAUGUACCUCCACUUCCGUUUUCCCAAAGACUUCGAAAGAAGUCAAUGGAGCAAAAUAUUCAUGUCAUAAAUACAAAGAGGGAGGUACAAUCACCAGAGAUUACUACAGAGAGACCCAAAAGAAAAGAUGACCAAGAAGUGAUUGAUGAAGUUACAAGGGUAGAAAAAUCUGCACCAAAUGCAACUGAAAAUAGAGAAGGUACAGAAACAUCAGCUGCCAAAGCACCAAGUCUAAACAAAGCUUACAUGCCUCCCAUUCCCUUUCCUCAAAAGCUCAAGAAGAAUAAACAAGACACAAACUAUGAAAAAUUCCUCGAUGUUCUCAAGAAGCUCCAGAUCAAUGUUCCGUUCAUAGAUGCAAUACUACAAAUUUCAAGCUAUAAGAAAUUUUUGAAAGAGAUGUUGACAAAGAAAAGAAAGAUUUCGGAGUUUGAAACCGUGGCAUUAACUGAGGAAAGUAGUGCAAGAGUCCAGAGAAAAUUGCCUCCUAAAUUGAAGGAUCCAGCGAGUUUUACUUUACUAGUUUCAAUUGGAAAUUCCUAUUCAUCUAAUACAUUGUGUGACACUAGUGCUAGUAUCAAUCUAAUGUCGUAUUCUGCUUACAGGAAAUUAGGACUAGGUGAAGUCAACUCAACAUCAAUAAUGCUACAACUCCCUGAUAGAACAAUCACAAGGUCACGUGGCAACGUUGAGGAUAUACUCGUCAAAGUGGGAAAUUUAAUAUUUUCUGUGGAUUUCAUUGUAUUGGACAUACCAGAAAAUCGAGACAUUCCAAUUACAUUGGGUCGACCAUUCUUAGCAACGGGAUGA